ACUUAGACCACUUAGCACCCAAUGAGUGAUUUAGAAGUUUCCUCAUUCAAAUUCUCGAAACUUUGUCUAACAGUCCAGACGAUAUUUUUUUCUUCACAUUGGAGUGUGGUGGAAUAUUGCAGUUUUCGUUUGAAUAUUAGGUAAAUUUUUUGCUUUUCUUUUUUAUUGGAUUUAUGAGUGAACUGUAUCCGUUGUUUAUUCCAUCUUUAACAAUUAAUGAAGAAUUAAUUUUCCGGUCAUUGCUGCAAAUUCCUAAAAUUCUUGCGUAAAGAGCAUUUCGACCUGAAGUGAUUAUUUGUCACAACGAAUUUUACAGUUCUUAUAAAAGUUGCACACCAUCUUUAAUAGGUUAUAGAGUCAAGUAUCAUGGAAAGGUGUCGAUAAUCACGUAUUUUGAUCUUCACACUAUAAUGAACUAAAUGAAUUUCAUUUAAUGUUUGGAUGGAAACGAAGGAUUAUCUUCAAUUUCAGUUCACAAAACUAAAGAAUGAAAUGAAAAGAAGAGGAGUGGACAGUUUAGAGAGUUGGGUGGUAGCCUUAGCAGCGAGUAUGGUUCUCUUGUUAGCAUGCUGGCCCAUGAGAUUAGGCUCCCAACUCUUCGUUGAAAUGUUAGACCGCUACAACACAAACAGAAAAGCAACUUCUUUUCCUUUCGCCAUGGCUUAUUGCGCAAGAAGUUUAUCUGGUCCUUUUGCAGGAUUUCUUGGUGAAAAAUUUGGUCUACAAGCUGUGACUCUGUGUGGUUGUGUAUUACUAACUAUAGGAGUUGGUGGAUGUUUUUUUGCAGAUGGGAUCAUAGCAAUUGAUGUGUGCUUGGGAAUAAUAUACGGUAUAGCUUUUGGAUGGUCUACAGCUUUGGUUCCUGAAAUCAUAAAUCGACAUUUUGACAAGCAUAGAGGAAAAGGCCAUGGAAUUGUUUUUGGACUAAGUGGAUUAGCCAAUUUUGCAACUCCACCCCUUUUGGAUAUGAUUUUAGUUCACUACGGAGUAUCAGGAACAUUUUUGAUUAUGGCUGGUAUAAUCUUGCAUAGCGUGCCUGCUGCAAUGCUCUUGACCAAACCUAGACCUGAAAUCGAAGUAAUCAGAAAACGCAAAAACUCAAUUUCUUCAAGUGACUUACACCAUAUUAGUGUUUCAUUGAGCAAUCAAGCUACGAAUGGCGAAAAUUAUUCGAAAGAAGUCCUAAACGGCGGCGAAAUAUGUUUUAAAAACAUUCAUUAUUCUAAAGUAACUGAAAGUAACUUUUACUUGAAUAACAUAAUAGGACAUAAAAAUAUUGAAAACAAAGAAACAUUAAAUUCUGAGGAACCAAACACUGUUGUUAAAUCGAAUAAUCUGUUCAUGAAAUUAGAAGAAAAUAUUAAAUCCGAUGGUUUCAGUCAAAAAAACGACAUGAAAACCUUUAAAUGCUCAGUCUCAAAUAUUCUGCCAGAAAAUGCACCAAAGGAUCAAAACCAUGAAAAGAAAGCAAAGCACUCGGAUUUGGGAAAUCAACGGUUAUCGAGCAAUAAAGACCCAGAAAGUAAGCCAUUUUGUAGUUCGUUCAACAUAUUCUGGAACCCCGUGUAUUUACUUGUAACAUUCAUUCAAAGCUCGCACGCAUUUCUAAUGUAUAUAUCGUGGACAAUCAUGGUGGAUUUCGCUAGGGACAAGGAAGUUGAAGAACACUUAGAGGUACAUUUUGUAAUGGGUCUUCUGUUAUUCGACACCAUAGGUCGAACAUUUUUAGGUACCAUAAUAGAUAAGAAGUAUUUGUCAGUUUCUAAUUUCAGUGCCUCUUGUUUUGCUGUAAUGGGACUUUCUUGCCUGCUUCUGAUAUUUGUGUCAGGUUUCUCUACAGCUAUUUUUGCCAUCUGCUUGUUCGGAUUUGCAUGCGGUGGAAAUACAACUGGACUUCCAGGCAUAGUGACCGAAUUCAUUCCAAAAGAGCAGAGAGCUAUGGCAAUGGCAUCAAGAUUCCUUAUGUACGCCCCCAUGAGCUUUGCCAUGUCACCACUUAUUGGUUACUUUCGUGGUAAGCUGGGAUCUUAUGAUGGUCUUCUUUAUGUUAUGAUCGCAGUUAGCAUCACUUGUAGUUUUUUAUUGGUAUUUUUCCCUCGAUUAGUAAACUGCAUAAGAGGCACAGUGAAAUGAUACUAUUCCACUAUCUUUUAUUGGGAAUACUUUUGUUCUGGCACUGAUAAAAACCACUUUUAUAAUGCUCAAAGAAAACUGAAAAAGUAACAGUGCACACAUAUAACAGAGGAAGUUUAGCGCUCAAAGAUAUUUGAACCAUCACCAGAUUCAAGUGGAAAAGCUGAGGAAGCAUUUUUUAGGUGAAUUCGAAGAGAAUGUUCAUGACAUAUACAUACCUGCCAACUUUUACGCAUUUGGCGUAAAAUUUUAUUUCUAUAUUUAAGGUGGUAGUAAAAUCUAUGCUUUCUAUAUGUUCCUUGCAUUUAUAAACUUAAUUUAUAAUAUUUUUGAUCCACCACUAUUUUUAAAAAAUCCAAGCAUAUAUAUUAAUAUGUAAUACUGUUGUAGUUAUCUACAUAAACUUGUUUAAAAUACAGUGAAUGUUUCUGCUUAAAAUCGUAAUUUAAACUUUAUUUUACUACCACUGGGGAAUAUCAUCUCUGAAAAGAUUAAAAGUUGACAGGUAUGCAUAUAUAAGUGGUCAAGACAUCGUUAUGAGGAAAAUAGAAGAAGUUAGUGAUAAAAUUGGAAAAACUUAUUGUUUUUUUUUUGUUGUUGAAUAAGUUAAAUAUGUUAUAAAAGUGAACUCUCAAUAACUUUUCAUUAAUAAAUAAAACUGUUAAAUAUAUUUUUUUAUAUCCUUUCACCUGUAUACUAAAAUGCAUUACUAAUUAAAAUUAUAAUAAUUUAUUAGCCUAACCAUAGUUAUUGAUAUGCUUUGAAUUUUUGAUAAUGCCUUUAUCUAUAAAUCUCCAAAUUGAAAAAUACAGACAAGAAAUGAAUUGAAAAAUCUGAAUGUUUAAUUUUUAUGUUAUUUAUGAAAUAAAGUUCAUUUAUUUUAAUAUAUUAAGAUCUGUUUUUGAUUUCAGAUGCAUAUACAAUUAGUCAUGAUUAAAAUUAAAUGGAAAAAACAGUA